CCUAACCACAACAACAAUGCAUAGUGUCAUCAACUCAUAUAGAACAAUGUGUGCAUGUCAUUACAGACCUUUUAUUCACAAAUUAAUCUUUCAAUCUCCUCUCUAUUUUCCACUUUCUCUCCAAAGAUCAAAUCUUGGAGCCCCAUCAUCUCCAUUUUCAUCAUCUCAAUUGCAAAAUUCAGAUGACACCAACCUUAUCAACUCCAAAGAUUGGUUAAGCUCAAAUGAAGUUAUCAAGAUUUUUCAAAAUCUGAAAAACCCAAGUUCAGCUUUAACUGCAUUCAAUCAAAUCUCAAAUCGAAAAGAUUACAGACCCAAUGAAGCCAUUUAUAGUUUAGUUGUCAAGAAUCUUGCAAUGGGUAAGAAUUUUGAUGCAAUUGAGACCCUUAUGGAGAAAAUCAAGAUUGAAAGGAAAUGUAGACUUUCUGAUGAGUUUUUCUAUAAUGUUAUUAAGAUUUAUGGGCAUUUAGGUGGUAGAAUUAACAAAGCAAUUGAGACCCUUUUCGAUAUGCCUAAUUAUAAGUGUUUUCCGAGUGUGAAAACUUUUAAUUUUGUACUGAAUUUGCUUGUGAAUACUAAGCAAUUUGAUGUUGUUCAUAAGGUGUAUAUGCGUGGUUCUGAAUUGGGUGUUGAGAUUGAUGCUUGUUGUUUGAAUAUAAUCGUUAAAGGGUUGUGUCGUUGUGGGGAGAUGGAUGCUGCAUAUAAGGUGUUUGAUGAAUUUCCUAAACAGAAUUGUCGACCCAAUGUUAGAACGUUUUCGACUAUGAUGCAUGCUUUGUGUGAGCGUGGUUGUGUUGAUGAGGCUUUGAGUUUGUUAGAGAGGAUGGAAAAGGAGGAUGUUGAACCAGAUGCCAUUGUGUUUAAUACAUUGAUUUCGGGGCUAAGGAAGCAAAGGCGAGUUGACGAGGGGAUUGAUAUGUUCAAGAAAGUAAUGAUGAAAGGUUGUGAUCCAAAUUCGGGGACUUAUCAGGAGGUGUUGUAUGCUUUGCUUGAUGCUAAGAGGUUCUUGGAGGCCAAAGAUUUUAUGGCUGUAAUGAUCGAUAAGAGGGUGAAUCCAAGUUUUGAGUCUUAUAAGGUGAUAGUACAUGGCCUUUGUGAUGGUAAGCUUGUUGGAGAUUUAGACUGGGUAUUGAGGCAAAUGGUGAGACAUGGAUUUGUGCCGAGGAUGGGUAUGUGGAGGAAGAUUCUUGGUUGCUUGUUUCCUGAUGGAGGUUGUUGUACUACCUAUACUUAUGAUGAAAUUCUUGCAAACUAAGGCCUCAUUUGUUUUCAUUAAGAUUAAGGCGUCUGAAUUUGAAUGCACAUCUGAAUAUUAAGGUGUUGAUAUCAUAGCUCUAGCUCAUACCAGGCGUAAGUGCUGCAUGAAGACUUGCAGAGUUGGAGAAAACCUGAUAGUAUAGCUUCGUUUAUUUAACAACUCCUGUUUCAACCAGACAUGGUUUCAUGUACUAAGUUGAUGGAGGAAACAAUUAUGACCGAGGGGAAAAGCUCGAUUAAAUGAAAACAAAGCCUUCAUUGAGGAAUUUUGGCAAUUACUUUACUAGAAUUCUUAGAGUUCCUCUAAGUUUAGAAGGGCUAUAUUGUGGAUCUUUUGUUCACUUGUACAGGAUCUCAGCACUAUCUUUGUACUUUUCAUGAAUACAGUUUAAACCAUUUCAAAAUAAAAUAAAA